AUGUCCGAUUCCAAGAAUUAUUAUAUUUCACCUCGGUUCGACCAAGCCUGGUGGCGUCUAAGCGACGAAGAUGUUUCCAACGUAGCAGAAGGAGAGGUUUUAGGUCAAGGCGGCGUCUUCAUGCUCUUCUAUGAGCGGUCUGACAUCGACCUAACUCCGCUUUCGCAAGUCUCUACUGAAACUGCAGUUAAUGCACCUUCCGCAGUGCUCCAUACACCCUUGUCACUUGUAGACGAUCUCAUCAAAGUUUGCGGAAGCUCUCCUGUGCCCUCGGAUGAUGCUACGCGAGUGCCGCUUCCGGACGAUGAUUCUGAAGCUGAACUUUAUCCUGAUCUCCGGAAAUUCGCUUUAAUGACGACAGAUUCAAAUCUGGAUGGCGUUAGGGCGUCGAGAACGAUGGUACUUCAUGCCUCAUCGUCAUCUAGUGAUGCCUCGGGAAGCGCCCAGCAACCUGCAGCAAAUGGAGACAUCAGCCUACCGGACGCCGAAGAGUCACAAUCGACAAACUUGACUAGUGAUGAAGACGAAUCCGAGACUGACUACCUACCUUCCGACGUGCCUGUGAGCCAGCCUAUAGCGAGUCAUAGCCCGGCGUUGAUGAGGACCGCAGGAGUGUCUGGACAUUGCAGGACCAGCGGUUCCAGGUCUUCUCUACCUAUGGUUGCUGCUACAUGAUAUUUUCUCUUUCGAAGAUCAACUCACUCAUGUGAGGCGACUGGGCAAUGGCGUUGGGUUGCUGUCCCAGCGUUGUUUGAGGUUUGCUAUGAACACGGUGCUUCAGCAUUGCAUUGGGAUGAGUUAACGUGGGCAUUUUGUGACCGCAUGCUUGGCGUUUGAGAUAGCGGAGUUUUUGGUUCUGGGUGCAUUGUAUGUCGUAGUCUCCUCAGAGGGCGCAUCUCGGUGGUGUGUCAAUUGAACUAUUCCCA